AUGGCUCUGAUGAAGACCAAAGAUGUGACUAUCUAUAGUGUCUUUCUCGUGUACAGGAAGCUUCUGGAACACAUCGAACGCUCAAACCGGAAGCUGAGAAAGAAAACCACACCCUGGAAAAAAGAUAUGUACGGUGCCAUGCUCAUGGCAAAGCAAAAGCUAAAAGAUUAUUACGAGAAGACCUAUCGUGACCAUGGAUUUCUCUACGAGAUGCUAUUCCGUGCUGUACAACGCCCUUCGUUACAAGCCUCGGAGUUAGAACGGCUUCUUGAACCAAUAUAUGCGGUAGAAACAAGCGAAGGAGUCGGGUAUGACGAGGUUGAUCGUUAUCUCCAUGAGUCGACUACCUCAAUACCACCGUGUGUAUACUGGAGAGAGAAUGAGAGUAAAUUCCCCGUGCUUUCGCGGCUAGCUCGCGAUUUGCUCUUAGUUCCAGCCACUGGCGCAGGAGUUGAAAGGCUGUUUAAUAGUGCCCGGGAUAUUUGCCAUUAUCGCCGGGGAUCUCUGAAUGAGACUAUGAUACAAGACUUGAUGAUGUACAUGUGCUCUGAGAAAUUCACCCUGGAGAGCCAGCAAUCGAGUCUGUUGGAUUAUAGGAUGGCGGAAGGGGAGGACCAGGAAAAUCUCGAAGAAAAUGAGGCAAACAAGGAAACCGAAGAUGAGAAUGCAGCUAUUAGCGAUAUAGACGAGAGUGAUCUAGUCGAAGAUACUGAUAUGAGCCCCACUGUUCAGAGUGUUCUGGGAUUUGAAAGCACCGCCUUACAGGAGCUUCCUUCUCACAGUCGACCGUAA